AUGGACUACCUUAUAGUUUUGAUGAUGUGUAUGCAGGGAUGCUAUGGGCUUAAGAUGGUUGACCUGACUUAUGAACUUGAUACAAAUGCGAUCACCUGGCCGUUUAAUCCACGCUUCAAUAUGUCAAUCAUGUUCCGAGGAAUGUGGAACCAUUUAGUAUGGCUGGAAAACAACCGACUCGAUCUAGCUGAGCACACCGGAACACAUAUAGACUCUCCAAAUCACGUUGCACAUGGGAAAGGACCAUGGAAUAAUCACCAAAUACCAAUAGAACGCCUUGGAGGUCCCGGUGUUAUCAUUGACGUUAAAUCGAAGGCCGAGGCAGACAGCGACUACCGGGUAACUGUGGAUGACGUCAAAGCCUGGGAAACGCGCAAUGGAAGAAUACCUUAUGGAGCAGUUGUCCUUAUGAACUCCGGUUGGCAGAAAUACUAUCCAGACUAUAACGCAGUUUUCAAAACCAACAACAUCAGUGAUUCAGGAAGCUACCAUUUCCCAAGCUGGCACGAGGACGCCGUUGAUUGGCUGAUAUCACACCGAAUAGUGUAUUGUGUCGGCGGAGACACGCCCUCAACAGACUAUGGUCAAAGUGAGACAUUCCCUGUCCAUCUUCUUCUCAGUAAGGAAAAUAUUAUUGGCAUUGAGAACGCAGCAUAUCUUGACAAAUUGCCUGAAAGUGGCUCAACCAUUUUUGUUCCAGUGGUGAAGAUAAGAGAUGGAAGUGGAGGUCCAGCUCGAAUGUUUGCGACCUUACCAGAGGACGAAGAAGUUGAGUCCAAUGUGGCGGACAGCAUUUUAAUGUCACCAAUGAUCCAAUUGUUGUCAUUUAUGUUGAUCGGAGCUAUUAAUACACGAUGA